CACAGCCUCCACAGCAGAAAUGGAUUCAGACAGAAAGGUUAUCAGGUGCAAGGCGGCGGUUUCAUGGGGUCCAAGAACACCUAUGGUGAUGGAGGAGAUCGAGGUCGCCGCGCCUCAGGCUGGAGAAGUCCGUAUCAAGAUUGUAGCGACCGGUGUCUGCAGGACAGACCUCUACUAUCUGGCCGAGAAUGAUUCUGGAAACACGUACCCGAUUGUUCUCGGCCAUGAGGCGUCUGGGAUCGUGGAGAGUGUCGGUCCAGGGGUCACUAAAUUGAAGCCUGGAGACAAGGUCAUUCCCUUGCUGGUGUCCCAGUGUCGAGAAUGCCGCUUCUGUAAAAGCCCAAAAACAAAUAUUUGUGAGAAGUCAUGGGACCUGAAUCCAAAGAGGAAGAGAGACUCAAGGUUUUUCUGUAGGGGAAAACCUCUGAAGCAGUUCAUGGGACUUGGAACGUUCUCUGAGUACACAGUAGUCAAUGAGAUCGCUGUGGCAAAGAUCGACCAAGCUGCUCCUCUGGAAAAAGUUUGUCUGAUCGGAUGCUGCAUCUGCACAGGAUUUGGUGCCGCAGUAAAUAAUGCCAAGGUGGAGCCCGGCUCGACUUGUGCCGUGUUUGGACUCGGAGCGGUGGGUUUGGCUGCUAUUAUGGGCUGCAAGGCUGCUGGAGCCAAGAGAAUCAUCGCGGUAGACAUCAACCCGGAGAAGUUUGAGACAGCCAAGAAGUUAGGAGCCACUGACUUUGUGAAUCCGAAUGAUCACAAAAAACCCAUCUACAGAGUGAUCGCUGAGAUGACCAACGGGGGCGUGGACUACUCCCUGGAGUGUGUUGGGAAUGUGGAGCUCAUGAACAGUGCGUUGAAGUCCUGUAUGCCUGGGUGGGGUGUGAGCGUGAUCGUUGGCUGGACAGAGAAGCCAAUGAUCAAACCUCUGCCGAUGGAUCUCAUCUCUGGAAGAACAUGGAAGGGCUCCAUGUUUGGAGGCUUCAAGGGCGAGGACGGUGUGAGUCAGAUGGUGGACGCCUACAUGAACAAGAAGGUGAAGCUGGAUGAGCUCAUCACACACAACAUGACGUUGGCAGAGAUCAACCAGGCUAUAGAACUGUUAAAGCAGGGUAAAAGCAUCCGGACCGUGCUGAAUAUGUCAGCACUGUGAAGUUUCACAAACAACCAGAAGAAUGCAUGUCAUAAAACGUCCCUUAUGUUAAAUAAGCUGGCGACGCAUGCUGCUGUUCAAGACAGCAGGGAUUCAAAAGGGUUAAAAGAGGACACAAUAAACUGAAUUUGU